ACGAAGACGGUACGACCUCUCGCGCUCUCGCCUGUCACCCUCGUCGCUCCAGGGGGUUCUGUAAAAGAAUAUUUUUAGACUAUUGAAACUAACUCGGGAGGGUUAAAAGGGCGAGGAAAAUAGACGGAAAAGGACAAGAGGGUGUUGAAAAUCUUGCAAGGAGUGAGUUGCAAGUACUUGACGAUGAUGUUUGUUUAUUCCGUCGCGCUGCCGUUGCAAAGCAUGUGGAGUUGGUGAUCGAGAGAUAUUAUUCGGUGCAUUAAGCCUGAUCAAUGACGGAAAAACAAACCUCCGAAAGAAAAUGUUUUAUACGCAUGUCAUGGUAAUAGCAUUUAGUAUUAAUGGUUUUAGUAAAUUAUGAUGGAAGUGAUUUAAAAGGAAUGUGUUUCCGACACUCUAGCGGAAAGCAAAUGGUUAAAUGGACAAUGAAAAUGAAAGAGGAGAAAAUGAGAAUAAACAGAUAAGGAAAACGUGUGAGAAUGAGCAGAACUGCGGAAACUGACGAAGAACAGAUCCCAACCGCAAGUAAUGUUCACUCGAGGCCGGUAAUCAAAUUUCAUGAAGCAAAGCAUUUUAUUCAAAAGGCGAAACGCACAUCCCUCCCGACGCAGGGCAUGACCGGAGAGGCCAGCGGACGCGGCGAGUCAGGUGCUCCGUUGCCCAGAUGAAAGGACAUUCGGCCGGUGUAGCGUGAGCGUCGCCGGGGAAUGCGGUUGUUGCGGGGCGGCGUGAGCGCAACGAGAGCCGGGUGUACCCCCCCCCCUCUCCCCCCGAACCCUGUGGCACCGCCGAGCACGUGUCACGCCGCUGGGGGCCGGAGGUGACAGUGACACCCGUUGGUAGCGCCUUUGUCGGCGCGGCAGGACCCGAAACCGAGGCCGCGAUCAGAGAGUCGGACACGUGAACCCCGCCGCAGGACCCAAGACAGCUCGAUGUAUGCGUCCUUCCUGCGAGAGAGCAAGAGGAUGGCAGCCGAGGAGGCGACGCGCGCCUCCGCCUCCACCCAGUCCCCCCCCUCCUCCCCCGGGGCGCCCCUGGACAAGGCCUUCGGAGCGUCUUCCGCCCCGCCUUCCCCCCCGCGGCCGCGCGAGGUGCCGCCGCUGCCCAUCGCGCCCUCGCCGCCCUCGCCGCCCUCGCCGCCCUCGCCCGCGCCGCUCCUGCUGGAGCCGAGCCGCGUGGAGGCCACGGCGUCCGCCAAGCCCCUGCACAUGAUGCCGCCGACCCUGGCGCCCAUGCCGGGCCGGGGGGGCAACAUCCUCCCCCCCGUGGCCUCCGCGUCGCACGUGCAGACGAUGUUCGGGCAGGCGGGCGUGUUCACCAUCAGCACCGCGCCGUCGGAGGCGCCCGGCGUCAUCACGCAGCAGCCGCUGCUCUCCAAGGACGGCGACCCGCUCAACAAUAACAACCACGGCGGCCUGCACAGCGGCAAGGGCCAGCGCUACAACGGCAGCGCCAAGCUGGCCCGCCUGGCGUCCUCGAGCGGCAGUCGCAUGGGCGGCGACGGCCCCACGCGCGUCAGCUCCGCGGGGGGCGACGAGGACGACGGCGACGAAGAAGGGAAGUACCCCGUCAGGAGGAAACAGGGAUGCUGUGACAAAAUCUGCGAUCAGUGUUCGAUCAUGUGCUGUCUUCUGUGCAACUGUUCUUGCUGUCACUGCGACCUAUGCUGCCUGCUGUGUCGAGUCUGCUGUGCCGUGUGAAAACUAGAAAAAGUGAUAGACAAGAUAGAAAAAAGGAAUGAAAUGGAUAGACAGACAUAGA